CCUGCCCGUGCGCAGACGGACGCCGGACCCGCACUGCCCGCGACGCGGCUCCAUGUGAACACGGAAGGCGCGCCCGGCUCGACGCGGCGUCUCCAUCCCGCCGCCCUCCGCCUGCCCUGCGACUCGGGGCGGGCAGGGGGAGCGCGGCCGGCGCUGCUGGCCCCCGAUCUGCCCCGGAGAGAAAGGGCUUUCCAGGCUGAUCAUGAUGAAGACAGAAGGGAAAGGGGAAAGGACUUUGAGAAGCGCCUCGCCACACAGAAAUGCCUAUAAAUCGGAUUUUCACGCCAUCAAAUGCUCCUUCGAUGGGGUGAACAGCUCCGACGGUGCUUCCAGCAAAACCAGCCUCCCGCAAAAGUUGAACGCCUCGUCCAAUGGAGGGGGAAGCGACCCGCACAGUCGAGGUAGAGCUGCUACCUAUGGCAACCGAGUACACAAGAUCAAAAACAUGUUCAUGCAGAUGGGGGGCUCCUCUUCCACACCGGCAUGUGAGAGCAGCCCGCUUGUUGAAGCCAAGGUCAUCAGCAGGACAGCACCAGCAGAUCUUGGGCCUUCCCCAAGCAGCCCAUCUUUCCUCAGCGUCCAAAAAAAUAACCUCUUUAAUAUGAGCAGCAGCCCCUGUUCCAGCCCCCCAGACUCGCAGCCUGUGCCUUCCGCCAGCGACAAAAUUGUCCGCAGCAAUGAGGAGGGAGAUCUGGACAAAAUUGCCCUGGCAGAAAAGUUUUCUGAGACUAGGAAACUUUUUGAGAGGAAUAUAAAGCAGCGGAGUUCAAUGGACAGAUAUACUCCCAGCAAAUGUGAACGAGGUGAAGAUAAGAAGAGAUGUGGUUCAGCCUCUCCUGAUUGUAGCAGUGCGGUGGAUCACUUUAAUUUCAAUACAGAUGUGAGCCUUCAUGUUGCCCCAGAAAGAGUUGAAAAUCAAAGCAGUGAUGAACAAAGGCAGCAGCAUCCUAGUAGUGGACAGAGAUUCUCCUCCCUGAAUGCGGGGCCCAUUUCUAGGAGGCUGGAAAGUUUCCUGGGUGAUAGUGAUACUGAAGAACCCAAAGAAAUUUCCAAAAGUCAGAGUAGUCCAAGUGAAGAUCAUGUGUUUUCCUGCGAUAGGGAAUCACCUGCUGCCACUGAAGGAUCUGCAGAGGAGAGUCCAUCCUCCAAAGUGUCUGUAUGUCUUUUAGGCCAUAGCAGGAGUGAGCUGAGCAAAGCACAUGUAGAAGUGGGUAACAGGGAGCAGCAGGAUGGGAGCAUCACAUCUGAUAAGGAAGCUAAGUGGGGGUCAGCUAAUGCCUCCUCACAGGCACCCUGGGUAGAGAGAAAUCAGGGUGAACUAGUCCUGGAAGAAAUCUCGGGGAAUGAAAAUGUGUUCCAAAAGGACCAGUCAUUCCAAUUUCAGUCUGUGGAAGGGAAAGGAAAUGAGUAUAUGUUUAGAGGAAUUGAGAAGUUUGAAGAUGACAGUGAGGUCAGUCAGAAAGAGUUAAAAGAGGGAGUGCCUCUGAAGGAGGUUGCAGUCACACAGGGUCAGGACAGUCUGGAACAAGAGGGGGACACUGAAGAGGAGGAGGAGGAGCAGGUGGUGGAAAAUCAGAAAGAAAAGUUCAGUGCAUUUUCUACCACUGCUUUUGGAAUAGAGAAUGCUGGUUUUGAUGAUGACAGGGAUGCAGAGUCAGAAAACCAGGGCUCUGAAGGUAAAGAAACUUUAGAUGUAGAAGAGGAGUAUAUCUAUGACAACGAAUAUGAGGAGCUUCCUGGACUUUCUGAAGAUGAAUAUCCUGAGCCAGACAGAAAAGUCAAGUUCUCAACAGCUCCUAUCAAGGUUUUCAGCACUUAUUCAAAUGAAGAAUAUGAUAGGCGCAAUGAAGAAGUUGAUCCAGUAGCAGCAUCAGCAGAAUAUGAACUUGAGAAAAGGGUGGAAAAAAUGGAAGUGUUUCCUGUAGAAAUUGAAAAAGGUGAUAGUGGCCUAGGCAUCAGUAUUAUAGGAAUGGGAGUCGGUGCAGAUCAGGGAUUGGAAAAACUAGGAAUUUUUGUGAAAACAAUAACAGAAGGUGGAGCUGCACAAAGAGAUGGGCGAAUCCAAGUAAAUGAUCAGAUUGUUGAGGUUGAUGGUACAAGUCUAGUAGGAGUAACUCAGUUUUUUGCAGCCAGUGUACUAAAAAAGACCAAAGGCACAGUCAGAUUUCUGAUAGGAAGAGAGAAACCAGGAACUCAGAGUGAAGUAGCCCGUCUCAUUAGUGAGACUUUGGAGCAAGAGAGGAGUCUGUAUGAGCAGCACUACGGCCAUGAUGAUGCAGAACAGGAUGAUGACUAUGAUGAUGAUGAAGAUACUUUUGAGUCACAUUUACAUGGAAAAUCUGUGGAAGUUUUUUAUCUUCCUGAAAACGAAGAUAUGAAUUUACCCCUGGAUAUGGAUUCAGCACAACUUCUUCUUAAAUUUAAAGAGCUACAAUUAAAGCAUGCAGUUACAACAGCUGAAGUUAAUCAACUGAAAGAGAAAUUAAAAACUACUGAAGCUGAAAAGGUUGAAUGGGAGUCCAGCAAAGCUCAGCUUCAGCAAACUUUAGAAGAGAACAAAGAGAAAAUUAAGAAGUUGGAGACCUAUUGGGUAGAGGCGCAAAGUUUAUGUAAAACAGUGAAUGAACAUCUUAAAGAAACCCAGGAACAGUACGAUACCCUAGAGAAGAAAUACAAUAAGGCCAAGAAAUUACUCAAAGAUUACCAACAAAAAGAAAUAGAAUUUAUGAAAAAAGAAGAGGAUCACACAAAGGUACUUGGAGAGAGAGACCAGAAACAUUCAGAACAGCUGAAAAUGUUGCAGGAAAAGAUUUCAGAGCUUGAAAGCAAAUUAAAAAUAUAUGAGAGAAUACCUUACAUGUUUGGAGGUUUGCUGGAGGCUGGCUCUCAAAGUCCAGAACAACUAAAUGAACACUCUGAAGUAAAAGAAGACAUUGCAAAAGAAAUGGAGUUGGUAGUGGAAAAAAUAGAUUCUUCAGACACAUUAUUUUCUGAUUUUGAUGCUUUUGUGGGAGAUACUCCAAGGUUAGAUACCAGUGCUCACAAGGCAAAAGCUCAGCUUGCUUUGAAGGUAAAACGUCAGCCACCUUCUCGAUCAAAGCUGAAAGAAUCUCUUGGAGCUGGACCACAGAAUAUAAAUCUACAGGAUGAGGAUACAGAGGAUACUUUCCAUAACAGGGAUUUUUCUAUAGCAUAUCAAACCAAGAUUUUAGAAGUAACAGAAAAGCCAGCCCCAUCUCUGCUGAAUGAUGUAGAUCAAACUACUGAAAAGCCAGAACAAAUGGAAAGCUCAGAGAGUUUGUUAGAGUCGAGCCCUUCUGCAUCCACUCACUCUUCUCCGGUACACAAACCAAACAGUGAGAGCAGCAUGUGCAGUACUCACUCUCCUCCUGCAGAUGAUACAGCUUCAGGUUCUCCUCAAGGAUAUUCCAAGAAUGUUAAACACAGAGAAUUAAAAGGGAAAGGAAGAGAGGCUAAAGAUGAAAGGAGAAAUGAAGAUAAGACAGUAGAAGCAAGUGAAGGUACAACUUCUGGGAAGUCCAAAAGAAGAUUUCCAGACUUUGGAGGCUUACGGAAAUCUGGUGGUAAAGGCAAGAAACAAGAAAAGGAAAAUCUGAGGGGUUCUCUGGAUAGCAGAGGGUCCCGGGAGUUGUUGGAGGACUCUGGCAACAAUCUAUCUGCAUCAGAUUCAGAUUCACCUGUUCCCACUUGCAUGCCUUUCUCUUGGUUUGGAGACAGUCAUAAAGAGCCUCAGGUUUCUGGUAGUGGUCUUCACUUUGCACAGAGUGGGCAAGACAGUGUAUCUGAACAGGGUCAAGAGAAAAACAAAAGCAAGAGUAGAAUUGUCAUAGAUGAUUCAUACCAUAGCAGGCCCAGUUGUGAUCUAUCAGGGUUAGUGACAGAACCAAAUCUGUCAGGGCGUUCACACACUUUAAUCUUCUCUUCAGAUGAGCAGCUGUUGGUAUGAUAUGAAGAAUAAAACUGUCAGCCACUGAGGAGCUGAAAAACCAUUGUUUCACCUCCGAGGACUCAAGGUGCCUAUAGACAUACAGAGAAGACUUGAUUAAUUGAGUCUGCUGGAGCAUCCUAAUUAGCGUGCUCUCAUGCAUUCAGCAUCCCCAUCCUUCAAAAUAGCGGCAGGGGCACUUUAACCAAAGCUUGUUGAAUGGCCUUUAGUUAAAGCACUCCGCUGCCAUUUUGAAGCAUGGGACACUGAAUACACAAGAUGCUGCAGGAACUUUAAUUAGUGCCCCUCCCCACCCUCAGAGUAUGUGUAAAGACGCCCUCAUUGCUUUUCCCUCAGAUCUGGUUUGCCUCUCUAGGUACUCAUGCAAGACUGAAUAUGGGAAACGGACUUUAAGUAGAUGGGACACACUAUAACAUGGCUUUUGGGUCAACCAUGUUGGUGAUUCGUAACAGUCAUUUAUGGGCAUGUCUUUAAUACAGUUCACUGAUCAAAAAUGUAAAUGUGUCAGGUUAACCUAUUUUCAUAAUACUGUAAUCAGAGUUUUAAUCCCCAUGAACCUCAGGUACAGUUAUAAUAAAGUUUUGUUUUGAUCUCUUAAUACCGCAGACUUCUGAAGGUUUAGUCCGAUCUAUCCCUAUUUUGAGUUGCGUCAUCAGGUCAAGAAAUCCCGAUUUCAAGUUCCCAGAGAUAGUGUUUUUAAAAACGGUUAAAACAGCUUCCCGAUUCCUCUGUAGACUGAGAAUUUUUUUAUUUAGUGAAGUAAUAGACCAGGGGUUGGCAGUGUUUUUGGGCAAACUGUAAUUGUUGAUGUGCCAGGUAUGGAUGGCAGUGGAGCCAUGAGAGGCCCUAUCCUUGUGGCAGUGCUGUCUGCCCUGUGGCAUGCAUGUGCCUUCACCAGCAGUGAGCUGGCUCCACAGACCCCAGCACAGCUUCUUGCAGCCUCCUGGCUGCCUGCUACAGCCAGCCCAGGCACCGGGCAGGCCCCUGCCACCCGCCAUGGAGCCCAGCUGCUCACAGCCCUCAUGGCUCCCCCACUGUCUGCCCUGAGGCGCACAUGCCAAGCCUUUGUGUGCUAUGCUCUGACGCACGUGCCAGGGGUUGCCUACCCCUGUAACAGGUUGCUUCAACAGUAAUAGCAGACUUUCCUCUUGGAUGCUAAGCAGAAAUUGAAGAAAACUUCCUGAUUUAAAGCCAAGAAUUGAUUAGGCUGUUUGAGCAAUUGAGGUGUAUUUUCACUGGAAUAACACAUGGCCUGGUAUGAAUCAGAUAGCCUCUGCUACUUAGCAAAUUAAAAAUAAAAAUCUGGUGUGGCAGGACAAGGUAAGAGAAUAAAUAUGACUUUUGAGAAAUAUACUACCACUUAGUAAUAACUGUUAUUAGUUACAGUGUAGAAUAUAUUUAUAACUUAUUGGACAUGUCUACACAUGCCCAUCAGUACUGCGCAGUCCCAGCAGCACACACUUAUUUUUAGACACAUCUUUGUAGAGUCAGCAUCACAGUUUGUGCCUGCCGAUGCUACGCUGUUGUAGCGUCUCAUGUAGAUGUGCCCAUUAUUAGAACUGAAUCAUUUAAAAUUCCUUGUUUGGUUACAAGUGAGAGCAAGUUGGUCAGUCUCAUUGUCUUAGAUGUUUGUGCACUCUCCCAAAUUACCAUGUAAUAUGGCCAAAUUGCCACACGAUUCUUUUUAGGCACAGUAUAGAAAAAGCAGAAUUAUCAUUCUGUCUCAGGAUUGUGCUGCCUUAAAUGAGCAAGUUGCUCAGUGCUUGGCAACAAAAUGCCUGGAUUUAAGCCAGUGUUCUGAUGUUUCAUGACAAUUCAAUUUCUCAGAGGCAAAACUAAAAUGUCUUACAAAUGUUUGUCCUGCCUAUGUUUGUGGUGAAUUUUGUUGUCUGAGUUGUUGUGAUAACUUUAUAUUUCUUACAAUGUCUUGGAUUUAAAGAGGACCGACUACAAAGUCUGCUCAUCAGAAUGCAAGUGAAAAUGUUAAAGUUUUAUAGAAAUACAGAAAGUAUUUAGAAAGAUUUUAUAAGAACUAUUUAAUGUUAAAACUUGUUGCAAAAGACAGUUUCAAGGAAAUGUUAAUUUUAAAGCUAAGAAUUCUUCAUAUAAUUUAUUCUUCAUAUAAAUUAUUCCUUUUGGAUUUUUGUUUGAUAAAAGUGCACUGAAAAAUAUGCACUUUUGUUAUCUCAAAAAGUUGAUAAAUUUAUACGGUCAAAGAGGGAAAAUAUUUAUCAUCUUAAAUUAUUC